AUGAAUUCGAAAUACACUGGGCCACAAAGGAUCAUAGAUUCCCUCAACUACAGCGAUGAACCAUUGCCCGGUACAAGAAAAAAGCAUCGUGUCAAAUUGUGGGAUAGUUUUCUUUCGAAAACCAGAAAAAUUCGAGUGAGAAAGAAAGAGAAAAGCCAGACAAGUUCCAAAAUGGAAAAAAGAGCCAGCAACAGCAUCUAUUCGCCAAGAUCAAAGAAGAUCACAACCAGAGUCAGCUUUGGUAGCAGCCAGGAAAGCCAUGACAGUGAGUGCUCCAGUGCAUAUAGUACUUCAGCGUUGACAAAUAAAAAGAUAGAUCAAAAAGUCCUAAUUAUAUCCAGGGAUUUGAAAUCUCAGAAUGAUACAUUCACUGUUAGUGAUACUUUUUUGGACAGUAGCUCUGGUGGUGAAGAUGGCGAGGAAUCCGACGGAGAAGAAAAGGACGAGGAUGUAUCAGAUGAUAACAACAGUUUGCCUAAGGUAUUGUUGUUUUGUAUGAUUGACGAAGUUUGUUUUAGGAAUAUGUCUCUCUGCCGGUCCGCCUUUCCUUCCAUCCCUAUUUUUUCUUUUAUCCGUCUAUCCAUGCUAUCUCUCUCUCUCUCUCUCUCUCUCUCUCUCUCUCUCUCUCUCUCUCUCUCUCUCUCUCUCUCCCUCUCUCCCGCUUUGUGUUGUGUGUAUAUUUCAACUUUUUGUGAUCCCUCGGCGGCGCCGAAUGCUGAGUCUGAUGUACAGCCAUAUUCCACAUUUAUGCUCAACAUCCACCUUCAAGAGGGCAAGGAUCUCGUCAUCAGAGAUACGUGUGGUACAAGUGACCCAUAUGUAAAAUUCAUCGUUGGAAACAAAGUCUUGUACAAAAGUCGCACCAUUCUGAAGAAUUUGAAUCCUUGCUGGGACGAGCAUUUCACCAUCCCCAUCGACGACAUCACAAAACCAUUGAUUCUCAAGGUGUUUGACUAUGAUCGUGCUUGGAGCGAUGACCCAAUGGGAGGAGCAGAACUUGACCUCACAACCCUAGUGGUCAACAAGGAAACAGAACUCAAGGUGAUGCUGACCGAGAAAGACAAGGAGGAAUACAUGGGUUAUCUUCUCAUGACUUGUACACUGAAACCAAAAUUGGAGGAUAACAAGGAGCUGUUUUUCCAGAGAUCAGUCCGUUCCACAGACUCCAAAAAGGUCAAGAUGCAAUUAUGGAGUGGGGUAGUCAAUAUUGUCCUCGUGGAAGGGUUGAAUCUUGUAUCCAUGGAUGACAAUGGGUUCAGUGAUCCAUACGUUAAGUUCAAACUGGGAAUGGAAAAGUACAGAAGUAAAUCCAAAACUAAAACACUUCAUCCCCGUUGGCUGGAGCAGUUUGACCUUCACUUUUAUGAAGAUCAGACGUCACAGUUAGAGAUUGAGGUGUAUGAUUAUGACGCAAGAGGAAAGGAUGAUUUCAUGGGCAGAGCUAUUAUAGAUUUGUCAACACUGGAGAAGGAGAUGACACACGUCAUUGAGCAGCAACUAGAGGAUGGUGCUGGCACUAUCAAAUUCUUGCUGACUAUCACCGGAACCAUGGGCAACGAGUUGACCUCUGACCUGACCAACUACAUACAAAGGGCACCAGUCAAGGACAGCAUCAUCAGCAAAUAUAGUCUUUUAAAAUCAUUUACCUCCCUCGAUGACAUUGGACGUCUUGAAGUUAAAGUGUUUAGAGCUCAUGGAUUGCAUGCAGCAGAUUUUGGUGGCUUCAGUGAUCCCUUUUGUGUUUUGGAGUUGAUUAAUGACAGAGUACAAACACACACAGAAUAUAAAACGCUGAAUCCAGAAUGGUGCAAGGUUUUUACAUUCCAAGUGAAAGAUAUCCAUUCUGUGUUGGAGGUUACUGUAUAUGAUGAAGAUCGAAAUAAGAAAGUUGAAUUCUUAGGGAAGAUCUCAGUACCGUUGUUAAAGAUCAGAAAUGGUGAACGGCGCUGGUACGCACUCAAAGAUCAAAAAAUGUUACACAGAACGAAAGGGGCAAUUUUAUUAGAGAUGAAUGUUGAAUUCAAUCAUAUAAAGGCAGCAAUACGUACAGUGAAUCCAAGAGAGCCCAAAUUCAUUGUACCUGAAGAAAAGUUCAAAAUUGCGGUUAUGAAAGAAAACAUAAACAGGUUGUCCCGUUUGAUUGGUGUGUUUAUAGACACAGGAAAAUUCAUCCAAAGUUGUUUUGACUGGCAGUCUCCGCCUCGAUCUAUUACAGCAUUUAUUGUAUAUUUAGUUGUUGUGUGGAACUUUGAGCUGUACAUGCUCCCCUUGUCACUCUUGUUGGUGUUUAUGAGGAACCUGUUAGUGGCACAAGUUUCUAGCAGUAACAAGAAGGAACCCGUGGAAGAUGAUUAUGUCACUGAUGAGGAUGAGGAAGAAGAUAGUGACAAAGAUAAGCAAGAAGAGAAGAAAAGCAUUAUUGAAAGAUACCAUGCCAUACAAGAAGUAUGUUUGACAGUUCAACAAGCCGUUGACAAGGUUGCUAGUCUGGGAGAGAGAGUCAAAAACACUUUCAACUGGAGUGUCCCUUGGUUAUCUACCCUGGCUGUUAUUGCACUUUUGGCUGGCAGUAUCGUUCUUUUCUACAUUCCACUUCGCUAUUUGCUGUUAAUAUGGGGUAUAAAUAAAUUCACAAAGAAAUUACGCAAACCAAAUGCCAUUGCCAACAAUGAAUUGUUAGACUUUUUGUCUAGAGUGCCAUCAGACAAUGAACUGCAACAGUACAGAGAGUUGAGACCAGAUAUCCCAGCCAACACACCUUCAAAGAAAAAGCGCUCCUAA